CACUCAGUCCCUGACGUCCAAAGGGGGCUGCGCUUUAAUUUGUAGGACAGCUAUUUGCUAUUCUUAAAACUCAACAGUGUGGUGCUGCAUUGGGGGAGACGUCUCUGUUUCCCCUCCACCUCUUUUCUUCUGCCUGUAGCUUUCGCCUGUAAUAUGGUUUUUGUUUAGUUUUUGCUGUUUGUCUACUGUAAAUCAGACAUGAGCUCCAGCCUGGUCAACUCUUUAGCCAAGGUUUAUGACCCAAAUCCUCUUCACGGUCAGAAACCUGGUGGAAGGAAGCUGUCUCUUAAUGGAUCAGACAGGUCCCAAGCUUCUUCAUCAUCACCAUCCAGCUCCUCUGCUCAUGAUGCCGCCCUGCGCUGCGUGGAGAGCCGAAUGGACUCCCUGAGCUCUCAGAUGGAGCGCUUGCUCAACAUGCAGCAGAUUGUCUUGACUCGGCUGGACGGUCUGUCCCAGGAUGUCGGGGGGAUGGGUCGAGAUCUGGCCUCUAUGUGUGAAGAGGGCCACGGGGGACGACGUGGGUCGGGGUUGGAGGCGGCGUGCAGGGAGCUGCGUGGGGCUGUGGAGAGGGCCAGCGAGCGGAUGGAGAGUCAGAGACGCAGGCUGGAGGGGGUUGAGAAGCUGGUGGAGGGCACGCAGCAGGUGAUCAGCUUUAUCGGGGAGGUGGUGAAGAGCUCCAGGCUGGUGGAGCUGCUGUUCAAACAGCCUGGAAACAAGGCCAACAAGAAGGCAAAGGAUGACAAGGACAAAGCCAAACUGAGCCUGAAGGGCUUGAAGGCCCAGAAGAAGAGGAAGCCCCCGGACACGUCGGAUUCAUCCUCCCUGACCGAGCCUGUGCUGCAGGAACAGGUGGAAAAGCUCAACAGGCAGAACACUGAGCAUUCCCACAUCAACGCAGAGGCUGAAGCCCAGAGGGGGGAGGACAGAGAAAGACAGGAGCAAGCAGAGCUGAUCCUGGAAGGGUCGCACACCUCCGCCACGCAGUCAGAGGAGAGGAAGAAGACAACCAAGGAGAGAGAGGAGGGAGAGGAGGAGGGGGACGUCUUUCAGGACUCGGAGCCUGAGUUGGACGAGGAGAAGGAAGAAGAUGUCAGUGCAGAGUCGGCAGGAAAAGUGGAGGAUGAUGGGAAGAAAAGGCAUAAAGGAGAGGCAGGAGAGUCGACAAAAUCAGAAAAGUCCCAGAGCAUCAUCGCAGACAUUUGCAAGACCUCUCUCCUCCCACAGGAAAGCUCUGAGGAGGCCGGUGACGUGGCCACCUGCAGCAAACGUCGUGUCACAGAAGAAGACCUGGUGAAGGACGACCUCAAAAAAAGCAGAGUGGACAGUAAAGUGGGAAACGCUGAUGGACUGGUGGUGGAGGGGGGCGAGACGCAGGCCUUUAAAUCUGAUGAAGCCAAGACAGAUGUGGAAGAGGAGGAGGGAGAGUCAGGGGUGAAAGAAUUUAUUAUUGACUCCAGCCCUCCACCGUUGGCACCUUUCGACCACCGCAUCGUGACUCCCAAACCCCAUCAGAUCGCCACCUAUUACACCAUCAACAGAGAUGAAGUCCUGGGAGGGGGACGUUUUGGUCAGGUCCACAAGUGCAUGGAGAACUCAUCUGGUCUGACGUUGGCUGCCAAGAUCAUCAAAGCCAGGAGCCAGAAAGAGAAGGAGGUGGUGAGGAAUGAGAUCCAGGUGAUGAACCAGCUGAACCACGCCAACCUCAUCCAGCUGUACGCCGCCUUCGAGUCCCGCCACGAUAUCAUCCUAGUCAUGGAAUAUGUGGAGGGAGGGGAGCUGUUUGACCGCAUCAUCGAUGAGAACUACAACCUGACAGAGCUGGACACGGUGCUGUUUAUACGUCAGAUCUGUGAAGGGCUGCAGUACAUGCAUAAAAUGUACAUCCUGCACCUCGACCUCAAGCCAGAGAACAUCCUCUGUGUCAGCAGAGCUACUAACAAGAUUAAAAUCAUUGACUUUGGCCUGGCCAGGAGGUAUAAACCCAGAGAGAAGCUGAGGGUCAACUUUGGAACACCUGAAUUUUUAGCUCCUGAAGUCAUCAACUAUGAGUUUGUUUCAUUCCCAACAGACAUGUGGAGUCUUGGUGUCAUCACUUACAUGCUGCUCAGCGGUUUGUCUCCGUUUCUGGGGGACGACGACAAUGAGACGCUGAACAACAUCCUGGCCUGUCAGUGGAACUUUGAGGAGGAGGAGUUUACGGACAUCUCCGAUGAGGCCAAAGACUUCAUCACCCGUCUGCUGGUGAAGAGCAAAAGCUGGAGGAUGAGCGCUGCAGAGUCACUCAGACACCCAUGGCUCUCAGACCGGAGUCUGCACUACCGCCUAAAUCAGAAGAAAAACAAGUGCCACUCCACACAUGCUCCUUCUCCAGAGAGCUAAGCAGAAACACUGUGAGGCCCUCAGCAUGCCUUCUGACAAUGUAGGGCCCCGGAGCCCAACACUGGACCAAUGCUGCUGUACCUGUAUGGCUACUGGAUAACUACUCUCUGCCUUGCCUCCUCAUGUUAGCUUAGCCCCGCAGCUCAUAGCUCUGACCUGAAUCCUGAAUAGUAAGAGGCACACAGAAAAAAAGAAAAAAAAGAAAAACAUACUUUUUCUAAUCGCCGCCAUCGAGGCUCAGACGGUCUGCUAGCAUGGUUACUGUCCUGUGUGGAGCGCAAACCUUCAGACUGAACCAGACUCUGUAGCUCUGUUAGUGAGAACGGCUUGUAUCGCAAUGGUGAAUCCAAAACAGUACAACUACAGACUACAACCUACAGCCGCUACAUAUAUCACUGCAGAACAAACACUGCUGUCAGUGAUCAGUUUGUCAUGUUGUCCUGGUUUGUUGCAUGCUUUGCACUUUUUGACCUAUUUCUCCAAGAUUCAGCAAACUACAAUUCAAAAUACAGACUGAAUUCUGAUAUUUAAAUAAUUUUUUUUUUUUUUUGGAUACAUCUUUUUUCUUUCUUUGAAUUUACAAGUCUUAUAAAAAAAAUUGUAUUCACUCUCAAACUAAAAAAAUACAUUUAGAACAGAAGUUGACAUCACACCCCAUUUAUUUAUUUUGUAUAUAACACAGCACUGCUUUAUGCCCCCGUUCCCCUGAAGUGUGAGAAUAUCUCAAUGACUGAAUACUUCCUGGUUCGUUACUAGCACAUUUUCACUGUAGACUGGAUCGCCUUCUGUUUGCAUUCAUGCCGCUUCGCUUCGGCAGUUUGGAGUAGCCCCGUCACCUUCCAUGAAGGCACAACGAACAACAGAAUACUACCUAUGAAUGAUUCAUGUUUAUGACUGAAGUGGAUUCUUAUGUUCAUUUAUUUACUGGUUCAACACCAGACUGUACUUGAAGUGCAAAGCUUUUAUUCAAGAUGGGAUGUUUUUUUUGUUCAGGGGAGAUAAAAAGGAUUUCACUUUAGUUUAUGCACAUUUGUUAUGUGUAAAUUCACAGUUCAGCCCAAUGGGGAGCCAACAACAGUGUGGAAAGUAUCACUCAGUGCUUUAUUGUCCCAGAGACGGGAAGUUGGAUGAACACUUGUCAGUCAGUUGUUGGCUGUUCUAUUUGGAAAUGGAAAAGCUUUGUGAUUUUGAAUACUUGUUUAUUUGAAUUUAUGAUACUUUUUUUUCAAGUUUUUCUUGUGUAAUGAGACAUAAAUAAAUGUAGAAUAUAAAUAAGGAAAUAAAUAAAGCACACUAG